AUGGAUAACCAGACAAUAGAUCAGAUGGAUAACAGGGAAUUAAAAUUUGUUCAUCAGUUUCUUAUACAUCAUAAUUUUGAAAAUACUGCUGAUGCAUUGAUGAUUGAAGCUAAAAUAAAAGGUUUUAAAGAUUUUAAAACAGACUUGAAAACCAAAGAUGAGAUUUAUGAAUAUUAUUAUGAACAAAUAAUGUUAAGUUACAGAAAUGGAGACUGGAAGGCAUUCUUCAAAUUGUGGAAUUUGUUAAUACCUGAAAAUGCUAUGCAAACAAAAGCUUGUAAAAUUUUGAUGUUACAUUUGUAUGUGUAUUUUGUAAUGCUACCUAAACGUGUGUUACUAUUACAUUGGUAUAAAGAAAAAGGUAAAGCAGAAUCAAACAUAGGUGAUUCUAUGGCAACACUGAGUCCACAUGAUCCUGAAUUCGAAGAGAAUUUUAUGACUGAAAUAGAGAAGAAUAUGAAUGAUAGUAUGGAACAGUUACGCAACUUUCUAAAUACGACAGGUAAAGAAUUAGAAAAUGAACCAGAAUUACGAGUUUAUUUUGCAUUACCCUUUAUUGAGGAUCCAUAUACAGAACCAUUUCUUUCUAAAAUAUUUGAACAAAGUUGGACAGAUGAAAUGACUGAAAACUUACAGGUUCUUCUUGAAACAUAUAAACCUCAAAUUUUUAGCGAUAUAAAAUACACUGAUGAAAAUUCAAAUAAAUUUCCUUCAAAUUACACGCCCGUAUCAGAAAAACCGAAAAGUGAUAUAGUUGCGAAUAAAACGAUCAACAGCAAUAAUAUACCAAUCAUACCAAAUGAUAGAAACAUCCCAAUGUUUCUUGAAGAUGGUGAAACUGAUGAACAGUACAAUUCAUAUGGUAAUAUAAAGUAUAGUCAAAAAUCAAAAAGUAUACAAACUGUAUCAAUGAAUUCUUCUGAAGAAGAUAUGUAUUCAUCACAUUUUACCAAAAAGAAUAAAAAAUUACUACAAUGUACCCAAGAAUUGGCUGUAGCUAAAUCUCAUUUGUGCAGUGUUCACUCUAAUUAUGAAAAAGUGAAAAUUAGAUUUCAUAAACUGCAUACUGACUAUCAUAAGUUGAUGAAUAUUGCAAAAGUAUUAACAACAGCUUUGGAAAAUUCAAUAAAAGGUCAAGUGAUCGAUUUCCAAGAUAUACUGGAAUCUUGCAUAAAAAUCUUUCCAGAUUUAUUUAAUCAAAACGUAAAAGAUACUUCACAUUUUUCGUCGGAAUUACUAUUAGAUAAAUCUCGUUCUGACAUAAACAUCAUUGAAUAUUCUGAGUCAUACAGUACAUUCGUCCCACCAAAAUUAUUGGAUUUCAAGAAGAUUAAGUUGCAUUUAAUUAAUGGAAGCAUGAAAACAAAAUUGUUCCUUUUACAAGCAUUACGAAGGAAAAUAACAUUUAGUCAACCCGGAGAACGAGAUGAAACGGUGCGCGAGUACAUAAGCAAAGAUUUACUGGGUCUUCAUAGUCAAAUCGUUAAUUACAAAGGCAAAUCUAUCUUGCCAUAUUUAUUAACUCCACAAAACGUUGUUAUACCACAUCCUUUGCAACAAUCAAUUAUGAGAUUAUUGAACACUUUGGCAUCAUUCAGAUGUGGAAGGGAUUAUCUAUCAUUUGAUUCUACCGUUGUUGACAUGGUAUUCAAGUGCCUGAAUAGUACCUGUGAUAUUAAUAUAGACACCUUGACCUGCAAUAUGAUAAUUGCAAUGCUGCAGAAGUUAUCGCUACGCAAGCAGCAGAGAAUAUAUAUGAUAGAAAAUGGAUUAGUGGAAUGGUUGAUUCGUCAUUUACAUAAUCAGUAUCGUAUUAUGGAUUCCUAUCGAUUGGAAUACGCUACGGCCCUUUUGAUGAAUUUGUCGCUCCAUCAAGUAGCUCAAAAGAGAGCAUCAGCAAUGGCGUCUUUGCUUAUUUCAACUCUAAUCGAUUUGCUCUUAAUGGAUCAUGCAAUGGCAUUGCCGUAUAUUAAUGGAACUUUGAACAAUUUUUUGACGAAUCACGUGAUCAAUGAAGAAGCGAAAAAGAUGAAAUUUUCAGCCGUAUUAGAACAGUAUAGUAAAUAUAAAACUGGUGAAAUAAGGAAACACUUGAAUCAUAUUAUGAGGAUACACAGAGGUGAAAUUACCAUUAAAAUGGAAGACGAACAAAUGAUAGAUAAUGAUAAUGAGCAAUUUGAUGUAUUGGAAAAUCAACUGGAUGAAAAUGAUCCAGUAAAAAAUAAUUACGCAGAAUUGUGUGGGGAGUCAUUGUUAGAGUCGUGUUAUACGAUCUCGUCAAAGAUAGUCCAAAAGAAAGAAAUAAUCUCAGACGUAGCUUCGUUUGCAGAAUUAAAACCGGACACGAUAAAUGCUGUGCAAAAUAAUCAAGUUAAAAAUUUAUAUUCUCAGCAUGAAUUGAUUGGUGAAGAAAAUUUAUCAAGAAAAUCGAUAAACAAAAAGCAUGAUAUCAGAAAUAAAAGUAGCGAUAUGGUAAUUGAAGAUUUUGUUAAAAAAGUGGUACCAUAUUCAAAACUGCAAUUGCAUGCAACUGAAUUAAAAUCUUCUUCAAUUAAGGUAUUUAAUGAAAAAUCAUGUGUCGUGUAUAUAUUUUAAAUUAAAAUUCGUGUGAUACUUUUCAAGGAUCGGCAAAUUUCUAAAAAGCAAAUCAUGAACGAUAAAUGGAAUUUGAUAGAUAAGAUUUCCAUCAAAAAAGCUUACAACGAAAGCGCCACGUACCUCUAUGAAAAUCAAAUUGCCAAAGAAAGCAGUAAAACGAUCGUAGCAUCUUCGGUGCUUCUAGGAAUUGGUAGUGCAGCUGAAUCAACAGUAACGGAGAAAAUCAGCAGUAUAGCGUCACUAAAUAUCGAGGGCAACGAUAAAAUUGCAAACGAUAGUAUUCCAUGGUCAGAGGAGACGGAACUCGACACGGAAGAAGCAUUCUUAGCCAAGCCAAAGCUUCUACGGACUCCGCCGUGA